UUUUACUCAUAUUAAUCAUGAUAGUAAUUACUUCUUCUAAGAUAUAAUAAACAAUGAAUGGUCUCUAAUUACUUCCCAAUGACUAGCUGUAGCGUUGUUAUAGUUGAUGCGAACACAAACAAAUCUCUGAGCUGAGAUGCUGCACAGAUAGAUAAUUUAAGACACAACCAAUCACUUUGGUUUCUUCAUUUCAGAACACAUUUUCUCCCUCCUCCCUUUAUAAAUUAUAAAGAUCGCACAUACUAACAUAACACACACACAACACUCAUUCUUUUUUCCUUCUCUCUCUCUCUCUCUACUCAUUACAGAACACAAUGUCGGCUUACAGAGACGAAGACCCCCGUCUUCAUGGCAUCAAAACUAAGAUUCGUGUCGUCCCACACUUUCCCAAAUCCGGAAUAAUGUUCCAAGACAUCACUACUCUCUUGCUCGAUCCCAAAGCCUUCAAGGACACCAUCGACUUGUUCGUGGAGCGUUACAAAGGCAAAAACAUUUCUGUUGUUGCAGGAAUUGAAGCUCGGGGUUUCAUAUUCGGUCCUCCCAUAGCAUUGGCAAUAGGAGCAAAGUUUGUACCAUUGAGGAAACCAAAGAAGUUACCUGGGAAAGUGAUAUCUCAAGAGUAUAUUCUGGAGUAUGGAAGGGACUGUCUUGAGAUGCAUGUUGGAGCAGUUGAAGCUGGUGAACGCGCUAUAGUGGUUGAUGAUUUGAUUGCAACUGGCGGAACACUCUGUGCUGCUAUGGACUUACUCGAACGUGUGGGAGCAGAGGUAGUGGAGUGUGCCUGUGUAAUAGAAUUGCCAGAACUGAAGGGGCGCGAACGGUUGAAUGGGAAGCCUUUGUAUGUGUUGGUGGAAUACUUGGAAGUAUGAGAUAACACAAUUGCAAUGGCAAUGCCUAUGGCUAUGGCUGCCUUUUCCCAUACAAAUUAAUCAAUAUUUGUAUCACCCUCUCCUCUCAUCUCUUCUUCCUGCCUUACCCUUAAAUAAAACUUCAUAACUUUGGCUACACCCAUUUUAUUCUACAUUUUCUUUGGUUUUUUCUGCUGUCUCUCUGUGUUUGCUGGGGAAUUGGUCCGAAUCAAACUAAUUAAUAUUGGAUAAGUCGCA